AUGCGCCGCUUGCCGCUCGUUGCCAUUAAAAACAAGCAAACUAUUGGAGAAUGUGAGCUUUUCACCAAGUACUUUGAUCCCAUCUUGGCAUCGCUAUUCUCUGAUCCUGACAGAAAAGUGCUCCUUCGCUGGUCCAACGUCAUGUCUGAUUAAAAUGACAAGAUCCGCCCUGACGCCACAAUUUCCAAGCUACGGCAGCGCGACUUUGGGCCCAGUCUUGGAUAUGGAGAGGUCAAAGUUGCACGUCCCACCAUCGAUAACCACGCGCUAUGCCACGAUCUUAUGCGUUUGGCAACUCUAGCAAAGGAUACCAUUGAUACCAAUGCAUUGGAAGCCGCUCUGACCUUCCAGGUGCAUGGUUUUCAUAUCACUUUUUUUCUGACGCGCCUCCGCCACGAUGGAAUCUAUGUGAUGCAAGAAGUUGCGCAGCUUACAUUUCCCCGGUUUUUAGAAGAGCUAGCAACAUUUGUGUCCUUGAUCAAUUUGCGCACAUUGAUGACCCACCUUCUGGCGUUUGUGUCAACCUGUCCGUGCCGCUUCUUCGUGGCAAGAAAAACGGCGCCCCACUCAUCACUCCAUUUAUUCUUUGAUUGAUUCAACCAAGAAUUGCCACAGCUUCUGCGCCCUGCGCUUUGAAUAAAUGCAUCCAUUCAUAUAUAUCUCCACAUACUGCAGCCAUCAAUUCAUUUCGUGUGAAGAAUUCGAGCUUAAUUGUUCAGAUAAAAUAAGAAAAAG